AUGCCAAUCACUUACACUCAAACUCCUGUCAGGCCAUCUCGCCCACCUACAUUAUUCUCUAGCCAUGAACUUCGCCAAUACGGCUUCCAAUUAAACAAACCAGAACUUGCUCAUGUCAAUACCUUUGGAACCAAGAGUCAAAUCUCGGACAACUCAUCUGAACUUACACGCGUCGGAUCAUCUAGAACGACCUUUGAAAAACCAUAUUUAUCAACAUGCAUACCCGAUCAACCAGUUAAGAUUACCACAAAGACUAAAUUCUUAACUUGGUUUAAUCCUUAUCGAAAAUUACUUUGCUUAUCCAUCUUUGUCAACUUUAUUUUACUCCUCAUGGCCAUGUCCAACACUCAAAGCUACAUGAGGAAACACCUUUCGGUAAUGGUUCUAGGAAACUUACUGAUUGGUUUCGGGGUUAGAAGUGAGUGGAUCCUUAGGUUUCUGUACUGGUCUUCGAUCAUGUGUUUCAGAUGGAACUGGGUUCCCAAAAAGAUCAAGAUCUGGGUAGUCGGUGUACUUUAUCACAUUGGUGGAUUGCACAGUGGUUGCGGAGUAUCAGCAUUUCUUUGGCUUUGUCUAUCAUGGGGAGACCACUUCUUACAUCGAGAAUUAUACCAUGGAAUCACUACUGGAAGCAUGUUUUUGUCUAUUCUUGGAGUGUUAGUUAGCUGCAUAGGAGCAUCACCUCACGUUAGAGAAGCCCAUCACAAUUUUUUCGAAGCAACACACAGAUUCGUUGGAUGGUUCGGUAUCUUGGCCACAACAGUAUUUGUUAUCUCAUCGGCUUGGUGGAACCCAAAGAGCCAAAAGUGGCAACCCUUUGCUGAAAAUCUAUUUUACAUGGAAGAAUUUUGGUUUGUUAUGCUUAUGAUCGUUCUGAUUGUAGCAUCUUGGAUAACGGUCAUGAAGGUUCCGGUGACUUUUGUUCAUACUUCAUCCAAAGCCUCGGUACUUCGUAUGCCAGGUGGUCUCACUUCUGGUCUUCACACUCGUAUCUCCCGUGGCGGGCUACGUGAAUGGCACAUUUUUGGAUCAAUAAGCGAGGGAAGAAACGCGACCUGUCACUAUCUAGUCAUCGCUGUACAAGGGGACUUCACGCGGUCUCUGAACGAGAACACUCCUGAACACUUAUACACCAAGACCUUCAAGCCAUGCGGUUUACCUUAUUUUUCAAGACUGUUUCAACGCGGAGUUGCGAUCUGCACGGGUUCUGGAAUCGGAGCAAUCGGAUCAACUUGCAUUCAACAUGAGAGUUGGUUUCUAGUUUGGAUAGGACCUGAUUUAGAAAAAACUUACGGAGAAACUUUCAUGAACUUCAUUAAAACGAGGAUCAGCCCGAACAGAAGAAUCAUAUGGGACACUCGAAUUUCUGGUCGACCAAAUGUUCCAUUGGAGCUUGAAAGGGUCUUUAGAAGUUGGAAAGCCGAUGUUGCUCUUUUCAUUGGCAGUCCUGCUUUGAACAAAUCAGUCUUACAAACUUGCCGGGUGCGAAAAAUACCAGUAUAUGGAUCGAUAUGGGACGCUUGA